AACAAGCGGCGGCCUCGGGGACGCCGCCAACCUCUGGGCCCGUGGAACCGGCUGAAAAUCCACGGCGGGCAGAAAAAAAAAAAAAAAACAAGCCUUGAUUUCCGGGGACCUUUUAGGGAAAGCACUAGCUCCUCCCCUUCCUGUCCGUUGCUAUCCGUUUCCCCCGGAUCCACGUGUGUUUCGGCAGGAGUGAGCCUGGGAGCGGCUGCCGAGCAAAUCCGUGAGGCCGCGGUGUCCGGACGCCGGCCGCGGGGCCGCGGUGGCCAGGACAUCGCCAUGCCUAAAGGACUGAAAGGAAAAAUUGUUGGUCGGGAAAAGAAAGUCAUCCAUCCAUACAGUAGGAAAGCAGCUCAGAUUACAAGGGAGUCCCACAAACAAGACAAGAAGGAAAGAUUGAAGAACGAGAGGGCCUUGCGUCUCAACCUUAUUGGUGACAAACUUCAGUGGUUUCACAGUCAUCUGGAUACAAACAAAACAAGAUAUACAAAGAAGGAUGCCUGUGAAUUAAUUGAAAGGUAUCUGCAUCGAUUCAGCAGUGAGCUGGAGCAGAUUGAGCUGCAUAACAGCAUCAGGGACAGGCAGGGGCGACGCCACCACUCCCGGGAGACUGUCAUCAAGCAGACGAUGGAGCGGGAGCGGCAGCAGUAUGAAGGCUACGGCUUCGAGAUUCCAGACAUUUUAGACACUAAUAAUCUGCAGACUUUUCGGGAAUGGGAUUUUGAUCUGAGGAAAUUGCCAAACAUCAAAAUGAGGAAAUUUUGUGCUAAUGAUGCAAUUCCUAAGAAGCGCAAACAGAAAGCCACGUUAAAUAUAGAAAAAGAUCUAGAGGAAUUAGAACUAACUGGGGAAAUUGGAGACUCUCAAGAUGGGGAAUUGGAACCAGCAAGUGAAGCAAGUGACUCGGAUGAAGAAAUGACUCCGGUGCCUGCCUGCCCUUGAAAAGAAAAAGAAACCACGCAAGACCCUCAGGUCCUGCUCAUUGAUGGGAAGUAGUCAUGUGGGCCGGUGAGAUGGCUCAGCAGGUGGUGCCUUGGAGCCAAGCCUGACUGCCAGAGUUUGAUUCCCAGGGUCCACGGCAUGAAAAGAACAGAUGCUACAAGUUUUCUUCUAACCUCACACAAAUAAAUAAAUAUUUUUAGUAAUUAUUUAUAUGUAAGAAUGUGCUGUUGAACUCAUUCUCAAAGAAGUCAUUUGCAGUUUCAAAAUAGGUUUAUGAGUUUUGAAGAAUGAAAAUUUUUCAUUGAAAGGCUUUUAAAAUUAAAGAGCUUGUAUUAAUCUGGGAACUUAGCUGGGAGUCUAAAUAAUAGCCGAGUGCGUUUUGGGUGAGGCUGCUCUGUCUACAUCACUUCAUGGCCAACAGCAUCAUAGUGGUGGAAAUAUAAGAUGGAGGGGUCAGCAGGAGGAUAAGGCAGCGAAUGGAAGGCUUCUAUGUUGCCCUCUCUUCUGCAGUCCUGUUAUCUCUGAAUAUUGACAUGCUGAUGGGGGGGGCAAUGUUAAGCACAUAAACGGGGGACAUGUUAAACUAUAUCCAAAACAUAAUUGGCUGAAUUUUGCAGAAGGGAAAAUUGGGGAAAAAAUGGGGUUCAGAAGAUGACUUGGUCAAUAAAGUGCUACAGAAGACCUGAGUCUCUUUCCCUAGCAGGGCUGGGUGGCAGCUUCCUAUUAGCUCAGUGCUGGGGGAGGGGAGGGGAGAGACAGUAAAUAGACACAGAGUGAUCAGUACAUGUGUGAAAGUAGUACUCUGAAGGGUCAGUGCGGCCAAACCCCCACCACCAACUGCCCUUGAGCCUAGACACAGUGUAGGAUUGCUCUGAUGGGCUUCAGUCUUGGAUGGAAUUUUUACUAUGCCUCAUUGUGUAUUUGAAGUAACUUGUUUUUCAUUUUACAGAGAAUCAUAACAAAUUUGGCUUGAUUCUCAGAAGAAAAUUUGGACCUUUGAAAAAUGUUGGUACUAUUCAAGGGCCAUGGAGACCUUAAAAGACCAUGGUGUUUAGCUAAAUGCAUUUUGGGAUACCCAUAAGACUUUGAGGCCAAAGGCACAGUGUUGUGGUUUAAAUUUUAAAUGUCCCCCACAAGCUCAUGCUUUGGACACUGCUACUCUACCUUCUGCUGCUGUCUAGAAGUUUGUGGAGUGCUGACAAGGUGGGGCAUGGCUGUCCAUAGGGACAGCUCUUCCAAGGUUAUACCUGUCUCUGGGUCCAGUUGAGUCUGCCACCAUGCAAGUUGACACGUUGCUCCAGAAGCUGACUAACUGAAGUCCUUCUCAAACUGAGCCAGAAUUCGUCUUUCCUUAUUUUUCCCCCUGUUAGGAAUUUGGAUUACAGCAGCACAAAAGUAAUUAAUACGUCUUCCAAAUAGUAGUCACACUUGGUGACUCUUUCAUGCCUAUUCCCAGGCAGCAGAUCAUUGUCUGGGAAUACCAGUCAAAAGGCUGUCACCCCUUGCACAUUUGUAAGUCACCCUACUAUCAGUUCUGGAUAGUGAUCUACAUUUUCCCCAUUGAGUUGUUUUCCAGCUUUGUGAUUUCAUUCCUUUUUUAAGGUUUCUAAGUGUACAAAUACUAGUUUUCUGACUAUCCAACUGUUUGAUCUGUGCAUUAGAAAACCCUGCUGUAAUAAAUGCAAUAGGUUUUCAUUUCACCCCA